GCCAGAGGCACAGACCUGAAGGAGCUUCUACGGGCCUCUGAUUGAACACAUGCUCCGAGUCACGCUCUGCUCUCUUCUUCUCCGAGGUGAUCGGCGGGAGGAAGAGGGACUCGGUCCAAACGCCAGGUGUCUGGGUCCAGGUGCCUGGCAUUUUGACUCUGUUCCUGUGGAUAGCUACUUGUUCAGAAGUUCCGGAAGGGACCCUGUUCCCACCAGGUCCCUGAGCACUGACUGCCCCUGCUGCUGCGUCUGCCCUGUUGGCGCAUGUUGGGUUCCUCCAGUGAAACUUUUCCUUAGAGACAUGCUGCCUCCCAAGUCCUUGUCCGCCACCAAACCCAAGAAGUCUUGGGCCCCAAACCAGUAUGAGCUAGACAGUGACUUGUCUGAGCCGGACGCCGUCCCAGGAGAAGGCGCCACUGACUCUGAGUUCUUUCAUCAGAGGUUUCGGAACUUCCUCUACGUGGAAUUCCUUGGGCCUCGGAAGACCCUUCUCAAACUCCGAAACCUCUGCCUCGAUUGGUUGCAGCCGGAGAUUCGCACCAAGGAGGAGAUUAUCGAGGUCUUGGUCCUGGAGCAGUACCUGACCAUCCUUCCGGAAAAGAUCAAGCCUUGGGUGCAGGCAAGAAAGCCGGAUAACUGCGAAGAGCUCGUUGCUCUGCUGGAAGAUUACGAGGAGAUGUACGAGCCGGAAGACGACAACAGCAGUGACACCCACAGCGAAGGCGGAGUGAGCCGGAGGGCCGCGGAGUCCCCGCCACCGCGCCCCGCCCUCCCCUGCUGUGGUGACCGUGACCGUGACCAGGACUGGGACCAGGACUGGGAGCGAGACCGGGAGCGAGGCCGGGCGCGGGAGCGGGAGCGCCGCCGCGGCCGGAACCGGGACAUGGAGUCACGGGACCGCUGGCCGUCCGUCCGGAGCCCAAGGAGCAGGUUUCACCAGCGGGACCUCGCCCUUCCUCUGGCGGAGAGAGCCAAGGAGAGAGAGCACAGACGCAGGGACUCCCUGCUGGAUUUGGACGCCAGAUCCGAGGAGGCGGUGUUGUACCAGGACAUGGUGGCCCUCACUGAGGAUCACAAGCCCCAGAACCCGAUUCAGGACAACAUGGAGAACUACCGGAAGCUGCUCUCACUGGGGGUUCAGCUUGCCGAGGACGACGGCCACUCACACAUGACCCAAGGCCACUCGUCGAGGUCAAAGAGAAGUGCCUACCCGAGCACCAGUAGAGGUCUGAAGACAGCGCCCGAGACCAGGAAGUCAUCCCACCGGCGGGGCAUCUGUGAGGCCGAGUCCUCCCACGGGGUGAUCAUGGAGAAGUUCAUCAAGGACGUGGCGCGCAGCUCCAGGUCCGGGCGGGCACGGGAGCCGAGUGAGCGGCCGCACCGGCUCUCCCGGAGGCCGGGCGGCGACUGGAAGGAAGCGUCUUUCAGCAGGAGGGAGGCGGGAGCCUCAGAGGGGGGCGCCUUUGGGGGAGGAGGCUUCAGCUGUAGCUCAGACCUGGUUUCCAAAAGGCGCGCUUUGGAGAGAAAAAGGCGCUACCACUUCGAUGCGGAGGGGCAGGGCCCAGUGCACGAUCCCAGGGGCGGGGCGAGAAAGCGGCCCUUUGAAAGCGGCGGUGAGGCCCGCAAGGCUGCCAGGGCGGUGGGCGGCAGCAACCUGGGCGCGCCGCCCGUGGCCCUGUCGCAGCCGCCGGACUUGGGGGCCAUGCCCUACGUGUGCGAUGAGUGCGGGAGGUCCUUCGCGGUCAUCUCCGAGUUUGUGGAUCACCAGAUCGUGCACACCCGAGAGAGCCUGUACGAGUACGGGGAGUCCUUCGUCCACAGCGCAGCCGUCAGCGAGGCCCAGAGCCGGCCCGCGGGCGCCCGGCGCCCUGAGGGUGCACAGGCCGCAGGCGCCACUGGCCCGGCCGAGCGUCGGCGGGGCCCCGCCCGAGAGCACCUCGGGGGCAGCGGGGACGAGGAGCAGCACGAGCCCCACCUGCCCAGCCCCACCGUCAGUGAGCUUCACAAGAUGUACGGCAAAGACAAGUUCUACGAGUGCAAGGUGUGCAAGGAGACCUUCCUGCACAGCUCGGCCCUGAUCGAGCACCAGAAGAUCCACAGCCGUGAGGAGAGGGAGAGGGAGAGGGAGAGAGAGCGCAGUACGGGCGCCGUGAGGCGCACCCCCAUGCUCGGCGAGCUGCAGAGGGCCUGCGGGAAGGAGAAGCGCUAUGAGUGCAAGGUCUGCGGGGAGACCUUCCACCACAGCGCGGCCCUGCGUGAGCACCAGAAGAUCCACAGCCGCGGGAGCCCGUCCGACGGCAGGGCCAGAGCCUUCGAGGAGACCUUCAUUCCUGGCCAGUCCCUGAAGAGGCGCCAGAAAACCUAUUCCAAGGAGAAGCUCUACGACUUCAGAGAGGGCGGGGAUGCCUUUGGGCGGAGCUCAGACUUCAUGGAGCACCAGAAAAUUCGUUCUCGGAAGAGCUGCUUCGACAGCCGAGGGUACGAGAAGCCGCUGCUCCACAGCAUGUCCAUGCCUGGGUCUCAGAAGAGUCACACGAUCACCAGGCCACCUGAGGACGAGGACGACGACGACGAGAAGGCAUUCACCAUCAGCAGCAACCCCGAAGACAGCCAGGAGGCCCGGGCCUAUGAGAGGAGCGCCUACGAGAGGGCCAUCUUCCACAGCCUGGCCGCCUUCCGGCCUCCCCGUGGCCUCAGGGAGGACGGGGAGCCCUCCACAUACCUCUCAGGCCUUCGUGACCCGCCUCAGAAGACCCCGGCCUGGGAGAGCCCUUACGCCGGAGGCAGACACAGCUUCUUCAGGAGCUCGGUCUUCUACCGUGCGUCGCGCCCCGCCCCUCUGGACCACCUUGCUGGGGAAGGCCCCAGCGGGUGGAAGAGAGACGGUGAAGCCUCUGGCUCCAGCUCAGACGGCCGCCAGCACCAGAAGGCACGCUCCAAGAAGAAGAACAUCGAGCGCAAGAAUUAUGACACCUCCAUGAUCCACACGCUGCGUUUUGGUGAGCCUCAAACGUUUCGCCCGAGAGAGAGAUUUUACGAAUGUCAAGAGUGUGGAGAGUUCUUUGUCCGUAGCUCUGAGCUGGCUGAACACCAGAAGAUCCACAGCAGAAAGAAGCUCCCCGGAAAUAAAAACUACCUACGGUCUGUCCUUCGCAGCCUGACCUCCACUGACCCUCAGACCAGCUACCAAGGCCAGUCACUGCAGAUGAGUUAUGUCCAGGAAGCAGCUCAGACCAGUUAUGCUGGACUAGGAGCUCAGACCAGUUACACUGAAGAACCAGCUCAGACCAGUUAUACCGAAGAACCAGCUCAGACCAGUUACACUGAGGCACCAGCUGAGGCCAGUUAUACUGAGGAACCAGCUCAGACCAGUUGUAUUGAGCAACCAGCUCAGACCAGUUACACUGACCCAGCAGCUCAGACCAGUUACACCGAGGCACCAGCUGAGGCCAGUGACACUGAGGAACCAGCUCAGACCAGUUACAUUGAGGAACCAGCUCAGACCAGUUACACUGACCCAGCAGCUGAGACCAGUUACACUGAAGAACCAGCUGAGGCCAGUUAUACUAAGGAACCAGCUCAAACCAGUUGUAUUGAGGAACCAGCUCAGACCAGUUACACUGACCCAGCAGCUGAGACCAGUUAUACCGAGGAACCAGCUGAGGCCAGUUGCACUGAGGAACCAGCUCAGACCAGUUGCACUGCGGAACCAGCUCAGACCAGUUGCACUGAGGAACCAGCUCAGACCAGUUACACCGACCCAGCAGCUGAGACCAGCUACACCGAAGAACCAGCUCAGACCAAUGACGCCGAGGAACCAGCUCAGACCAGUUGUCCUGAGGAACCAGCUCAGACUAGUUAUGCUGACCCAGCAGCUGAGACCAGCUAUACCGAAGAACCAGCUCAGACCAAUGACACCGAGGAACCAGCUCAGACCAGUUGUACUGAGGAACCAGCUCAGACCAGUUGCACUGACCCAGCAGCUGAGACCAAUUACAAUGAGAAACCAGCUCAGACCAGUUGUACUGAGGAACCAGCUCAGACCAGUUACACUGACCCAGCAGCUGAGACCAGUUACACCAAAGAACCAGCUCAGACCAAUUACACUGAGGAACUAGCUGAGGCCAAGUAUACUGAGGAACCAGCUCAGACCACUUAUGCCGAGGAACCAGCUCAGACCAGUUAUAUUGAGGAACCAGCUCAGACCAGUUACACUGAGGAACCAGCCCAGACCAGUUACACUGAGGAACCAGCCGAGGCCAGUUAUACCGAGGAACCAGCUCAGACCAGUUACGCCGAGGAACCAGCUCAGACCAGUUACGCCGAGGAACCAGCUCAGACCAGUUACGCCGAGGAACCAGCUCAGACCAGUUACGCCGAGGAACCAGCUCAGACCAGUUACGCCGAGGAACCAGCUCAGACCAGUUACGCCGAGGAACCGGCUCAGACCAGUUACAUUGAGGAACCGGCUCAGACCAGUUACGCCGAGGAACCGGCUCAGACCAGUUACGCCGAGGAACCGGCUCAGACCAGUUACGCCGAGGAACCGGCUCAGGCCAGUUACGCCGAGGAACCGGCUCAGGCCAGUUACGCCGAGGAACCGGCUCAGGCCAGUUACGCAGAGGAACCGGCUCAGGCCAGUUACGCCGAGGAACCGGCUCAGGCCAGUUACAUUGAGGAACCGGCUCAGAUCAGUUACAUUGAGGAACCAGCUCAGAUCAGUUACAUUGAGGAACUAGCUCAGACCAGUUAUACCGAGGAACCAGCUCAGACCAGUUACAUUGAGGAACUAGCUCAGACCAGUUAUGCCGAGGAACCAGCUCAGACCAGUUAUGCCGAGGAACCAGCUCAGACCAGUUACAUUGAGGAACUAGCUCAGACCAGUUAUGCCGAGGAACCAGCUCAGACCAGUUAUGCCGAGGAACCAGCUCAGACCAGAUACGCCGAGGAACCGGCUCAGGCCAGAUAUGCCGAGGAGCCAGCUCAGGCUGGAUAUGCUGAGGAACUACCAGCUGAGACUAGUUAUGCUGAACUAGUAGCUCAGAUCAGUUAUGCUGAACUAGCGGCUCCAACUAGUUAUGCUGAACUAGCAGCUGAGACCAGUUACUUUGAGCCACCAGCUCAGGCUAGUUAUACAGAACCAGCUGAGACCAGUUAUGCUGACCCAGCCGCUCAGGUCAGCUUUGAGGAACCACCAGCUGAGGCUACUUAUGCUGAUCUAGCAGCUGAGAUCAGUUAUGCUGAACUAGCAGCUGAGACUAGUUAUGCUGAGCUAGCAGCUCAGAUAAGCUAUGAUGAACCACCAGCUGAGACUAGUUAUGCUGAGCUAGGAGCUCAGAUCAGUUAUUCUGAACCAGCAGAUCAGACUAGUUAUGCUGAGCUUACAGCUCAGACCAGUUACUCUGAACCACCAGCUCAGACCAGCUAUGCUGAGCUAACAAGUGAGACCAGUUACUGCGAGCCGCCAGUUCUCAAUGAAUGUAAGGAGUGUGGGGAAUGCUUUGCCACCGUUGAAGAGCUUGCCAGACAUCAGAAGAUCUAUGCCCGAGAGAAUUUCCAUGACGGGAAGCUGUUUGGAGAGCCUGUGAUGCCGGACCUGGGCCUGGACGGGCCCGAGGGUGAAGAGGAAGAGACCGAGGAGCAGGACGAGCAGGACGAGCAGGAGGAGCAGGACGAGCCCGAGGAGCCCGAAGACUCCAUCUACGGCUGUAAGGACUGUGGGCUGGGCUUCGCGGACCGCGCAGACCUCCGCGACCACCAGAAGGUCCACCGCCGGGAGCCCCUGGUGGACAGCCGUGAGUACACGCGCCCCGCGGUGCACGCGCCUCCUGUCAGCGAGUACCAGAAAGAUUGCCUCGGGGAGCAGCUCUACGAGUGCCCGGCCUGCGGGGAGUCGUUCGUGCACAGCUCCUUCCUCUUCGAGCACCAGAAGGUCCACGAGCAGGACCAGUUCUACGGCCACAGGCGGUACGAGCCCUUCAUGCAGCCGCUGAUCGCCGCCCCGCGGCGGCCCCAGGCCCCGCCGAAAAGCGUCCCCUUCGGGGCGGCCCUGCAGUGCCAAGUGUGCGGGCAGGACUUCAUCCACGCCUCCGUCCUCAGCGAGCACGUGCGGGGCCACGCCGGCGAGGGGCUGCCGGAUCAGGGCCAGGGCGGCGCGGGCGCGGCGGGGCCCGGCCCGGCGCCCACGGAGCCACAGCAAGACCCGGGCGAGGAGCAGCGCUACGAGUGUGAGACCUGCGGCGAGUCCUUCCCCAGCCAGGCCGACCUCCAGGAGCACAUGCGGGUCCACGAGAAGAGCGAGCCCUACGCCUACGGGGCCGCCUUCGUGCACACGUCCUUCCUCACGGAGCCGCCCAGGAGGGACUGGCCCUUCUACGAGUGCAAGGACUGCGGCAAGUCCUUCAUCCACAGCACCAUCCUCGCGAAGCACCAGAGGCUGCACCUGCAGGAGGACGGCGCGGCCGCCGCGGCCGCCCCGGCCCAGGGCGCCGAGGCCGACGUCCUCGUCCCCCGCGAGGUCCUGCGCAUCCAGGGCUCCAACGUGGGGGCCGCCGAGCCCGAGGUGGAGGCGGCCGAGCCCGAGGUGGAGGCGGCCGAGCCCGAGGCGGAGGCGGCCGAGCCCGAGGCGGAGGCCGAGGGCCCGGAGUGGGAGGCCGCGGAGCCGAGCGGCGAGGCGGAGCAGCCCCACGCCGAGGCGGAGCAGCCCGACAUGGACGCCGACGAGCCGGACGGCGCAGGCAUCGAGGACCCGGAGGAGCGCGCCGAAGAGCCCGAGGGUGACGCCGACGAGCCGGACGGCGCGGGCAUCGAGGACCCCGAAGAGGAAGGCGAGGAGCAGGAGAUCCAGGUGGAGGAGCCCUACUACGACUGCGGCGAGUGCGGCGAGACCUUUCCGUCAGGCGCCGCCUACGCCGAGCAUCUGAGGGCGCACGCCAGCCUCAUCAUCCUGGAGCCCGCCGACCUCUACGGCGAGGGCGCCGGCGGCCCCGAGGGCGGCCGGCCCGACGACGAGCUCUUCAAGUGCGACGUGUGCGGGCAGCUCUUCAGCGACCGCCUGUCCCUGGCCAGGCACCAGAACACCCACACCGGCUGAGGCCCGGGGGCCCCCGGGACCCGACCCUCCUCACCCACACACACCAGACCCACCGCGACAGCCCGGACUGCACCCACCCGACCUGGACUUCAGACCCUCGGCUCGGCGGGCCGGGGCCUCCACUGGGACCCGGCCCCCUUCACCCACGCACAACCGGACCCCCGAGCCAGCCUGCACUGCACCCUCCGGCCUGGAUCCACACUCUCGGCCCCCAGGUGCAGACGCCGGCGGCUCCCGUGUCCAGCACAGCAGGUACAUGCGGGACAGCAGGGCACCUACCCGCCCUCCACGGGGCCUCCGCGGCUGCAGAGAGCACCCAUCUGUGACCGCCCGGGACCUCCGCCCCCGCCUCCCGCGAUGUACCCAGAACACAGCACAGCGAACUGGACCGAGUGUGACCCUCACCGGCGGUUCACCUGCAGCCGCACCUCACCUGGUACUCUGGUUUUGCUGUUUUAUUUUUUUUGGAGGAGGAAGAGAGCAACAAAUUACAAUAUAUUUGUAAGCAUUUUAGAGCUUUAGAAAGAUUUAUUGUGCGCUGUUUGAACCCUAUCCGUAUCUUUUUGACUGACUUACUGUGUGGUUCCUUAUUCUUUACAUAACCCCCUCACGGUGUAGGCAUGAAAGGCAGAGCGCCUUGCCCGCUUUGCUGUGUGAAGGGAAGCCUCUCUGCUCCCUUUUCAGGCGCCUCGUCUACACCGACACUUUUGAAACCUCGUGCUGUGUAAGCCUUUAUCAUGUGGAUUGGCCUUUUGUAACCUCAUUGGUUGGUUGCCACCUUGUAACCUUGCAGUGGUUCUCAUGCAAAAAAAACUACAAGUUUUUGUUAUUUUUAUUUUUUUAACCCACCUUGAUGUCUCUUCGAUAGUGAAUUUUACAAAAGCCGAAGCUUUUCCCUGUGAGUCUUACAUCCUUGCCUUUAAAGAGUGGGUUGUAACCAUCACUAGAUCACGCGUGCCUAAUGAAGGUUGAGAAGCACCGGGGGGAGGGGGGCUCUCCUGUUGUAAAUACGGAUGAGGGGCUACGACUUCAUUACUUCCCUUUGCGCGCUUCCUGCCUUAAGUGACAAGUAGCAACGUGGCUUGGCCCUUCCGUGCCGCCACAUGGCAAGUUUGCACCCUGGGCGCCCAGGAGCUAGUAUCCUUAGAGCUUUCCAGCCUGAGACUUAAUCCUCCUCUCCACCUGUCUGACCCUCAACCAACCCCGUAUCUAACUUGCAUUUAAAAAAAAAAAAAAAUCUUUCUUUACAGCCAACUCAAGCUCAACAUGGACUCAGGUUCCCCGGCAGCCUUAAUUUGUUUCGUUGCCAUCUGUCCCCCCCUCUCAGGAAGCGCCCUCCUGACAAGCACCCCCGCUGUCCUCAGAGCGGCCCCGGUUUCCCGUGUCCUCGUCCCAAGCUGACCUCACCGCUCUGGGGUCUCUUGCGUCCUGUUCUGUGCCCUCCCUCUGCUUCCCCGCCCCCUCUUUGCAUAAUGACUAUUAAGAAAUUUCUUGGCUUUGAGUUGGCUGGCAAAAAAAUUUAAAAAAUUUUUUUAAAAACUUUAAAAAAAAAAAGAGGAUCUUGUAGAUGCAGUGAGCAGAAGCUAAGAGCAGAUCAUCUGGGAGAGCAGAGCGAGGAGGCCUGCUCUGGAGUUGCGUCCGGACCCCCCUCUCCUAGGUCCCUGCCACGAGGGCUGGGGAGAGCGUGUCAGAGCUGGAGGGAACGCCAAAGUCGGGGAGAGCCAAAGCAGGGGGUCCUGACGCCUCACACAGACCUGGGAGGGUGGUGUCGGAUGGAAGGAACAUCGGAAGCAGGGACUGGAAGGCCCGAUGGGGGGUGAAUGAAUGAGCAGGGUGUCCUGGCAGUUAGGAGAAGGGGCCACUUGGUGGCCUGAGGGCAGCUGCAUCACGAGACACAGCACUGGAAUGGACGCCCCAGCGCCCCGAGGGGCCGCGAGGCACAGCGUCAGGGGGGCCCGGGCUGAGAGCCAGCCUGGGCGGCGUGGGGGUGAACCUGGCGUUCAUCGCUGUCGGCGGCACCAACUGGUAGAGUGUUUUCAGAGAGCCGCCUGCCGUUCCAGCCGUCCUUCGGUCAGUGAGAGAUCAGGAACAACUGACAAAUGCCAAAAAUAGGAGCAAGGUGAAGGGCAUGUGUCCGCGGAGUCUGAAUGCAGCUGUCUAGAAAUGAUAAUCAUGGAGAGUUAUGUAGUGACGUGGAGAUAUAUUUACGGAAUACCAAGUGGAAAAAGCAGGACACAGAAUUAUAUUUAUACUACAAUUAUAGCUGUUUAAAAAUGUAUGCUUAUAGUCAAAAGCUGUGGUGGUGUUGCUGUUGUAGGCUUAUAGUUGAGCAUUAUUUUCUUAAAUUCCUUGAUUGUUCUUUAUGAUAGUGUUAAUCAAAAGUUUAUAAUCACGUUUCCAUUGUGAACAUAAUUUGAGAUCACUAUUCAGGCACUUGGAGAAUACAGAAAAGUGGAGGGAAAAAAAAAAUCCAUAUACCCACCAUCCAAAGAUGACAGAUCUACUCCUCACUAUAUUGUUUAUCCUUGUUUCUGUGCACAGGCUUAAAACUGUGUCCCAAACGUGUACUCAGAUUAAGUGUUACCUUUGUGGAAUUACGGUUACACGCUUUCAUCUUAAUGUUUUCAGAUGGCCCUUAAAAUAGUUUCCUGAUAACAAAGUUUAUUAUGCUUGCUUCAAUUAGCAAGCAUAAUACACACCCAGAGGAAUAAUUGAAAAAUGCAAAAUAAAUUAGAAAAGAACAAAAAAGUCGCCCAUAUUCCCAACACCCAACAACUACGGUUAACAUCUUGAUCUGUUUCCUCCAUCUCGUAUCAGUGCACAAGCUUGUGAUUUAUGACCGUGGUGAUUAUGUGUGCAUAAAGUCUACAAUGAAGAAAAAAUUACAGAAAAUAAUUAAAGUAGUGUUGUCAUUGUGGGAUUAUGGUUAACUAUCUUGUCUCAAAUUUCUUGAAUGAUCUUUGGUGUUUUGAGUAUUAAAUCUUAUGUAUGUUUUUCCAUUAAAACUCUUAAUACAUACUCAUGGCAUAUUUUGGGGGAGAUUUAGUAAAGCAAAAGAAAUUCACCUAUAUUCCCGACACCCAACAAUCAUUGCUGUUAAACCUUGAUCUGUGCACAGUCUGAGGACGGGGGUGUCUGAGGUGAGAAUGCAGAGGGCGGAAGAGGAGAGGAAACAUGGGAAGCAGUGAGGAAACGGUUGUGUGGUCUUUGCGGCGUGAGGCUGUGGGCCUCGCUUUCCUGGAAGGCUUGUUUCCUUGUCCCGGUCACCGACCUUUCAUCACGGGCACCUCCAUCGUGACCGCAUUGUCUGCUCGUGGUAGAAAGCUGGCAGUUACAGAAGUGUGGAAGAGAGGCGUGCCCCUGUCGCCAUCACCCAAAGACCACGGUUAACAUCUUGACAUGUUUUCUUCAUCUUGUUUCUGUGCACAGGUUUUUGGUUUGUUAGUAUGGUUGUGGUCGUUCUAUCUGUAAUCGUGUCACCAAUAAAAAUAAAGUUAAAAGUAA